AUGAGUUCACCACCAGUUUGGAAAGAAAACCCUUUGGACCAGAGAAGAAAUGGCUUCUUCUAUACUAUCUUUUAUACACUUCUUGCCAUGUGUAGUAACAGUAAAAAAUAUGAUUUAAGAACUCUCAAAAAAAACACAGAAAAGAAAAAGAUAUCUCGAAAUGAAGAAGACACUCGGUUGAUUUCUUUUAACAGCCAGACAACACCACUUGAUCAAGAUCUAGCAAUAUUAGCUCGCUUCACUUCAAACGCACAGCUUUGUCGGCGUCCGACGCCGAGUGUUUCUCGCUGUGCCUGGGAGCCGGGCCUCUGUGGUGGUCCUGAUGUCCCUGCUCAUGGCUCAGCACCACCCGGAGGGGUGAGAAGCGGGGCUUCGGGCCCCGCAACAUCAUCAGCCACCACACACGACGACAACCGUGACUUGUUGAGCGCCCUUCUGUGGGGUAGCGCUAGUUCUCUGAGCAGCAGCGCCGAGAGUCUCACUUCUGAUUCCGUGAACUCUACUCAUCCAGCUCUUCAACCCUCUGCUCGGGAAGCGGUUAUAAACAAGAUCUUGGAACGCAAGGACAAGCAACCAGUUAAGAUCGAUCUAAAAAUUUUCCUCACGGAAAAUGUUAUCACUCGCUGGGAAGCUGUGGUCAAGGGCAGUACCAUCUAUCUUCGCAUGCCCGGAGUACUGCAGUCUGGUAGCAAGGAAAGCUUCAUACUGUUGCUUGACUUUGCCGAAGAGAAACUCGGAUGUACUAACUGCAUCAUUUGCGUUCUAAAAAGCCGCUCCGACCGCGCGACUGUGCUUCGCACUUUCAUGUUCAUGGGGUUCCAGAUGUUGCCACCGACCUCGCCCCUGAUGCAAGAUAUAAACAACCCUGAAUACAUGUUCUUGCAUUACAACAUGGAG